GGCGCGCACGCGCAGGGGCGGGGCCGUCGCGGUGGCGUCGGGGAGCAAUGGCGCUGCUGGUGCGGGACCCGUUGGCUUCGCGGGCGCGGCCGUGGCCGCUGCCCCCCGGCGGUCGUUUGGUGCGCGACCUCCUAAGCGAUCGCGUUCGGGUUCUGAAUAUUCCUGAAGAAAGCUUGUAUGUGAAAUGUAACGGGCGGCUGGUUAAUGAUGAAGAUGUGUUGCAGAAUGGAGCUGUUUAUAGUCUGGAGCCACGGCUUUGUGGUGGAAAAGGAGGGUUUGGAUCUAUGCUGCGAGCACUUGGUGCACAGAUUGAAAAGACAACAAACAGAGAAGCUUGCCGAGAUCUCAGUGGAAGGAGACUUCGAGAUGUCAACCACGAAAAAGCGAUGGCUGAAUGGGUGAAGCAGCAAGCAGAGCGGGAAGCAGAUAAAGAGCAGAGGCGCUUGGAGAGGCUGCAGCGGAAACUUGCGGAGCCAAAGCACUUUUUCACAAACCCUGACUACCAGCAGCAGUGUCACGAAAUGGCUGAGCGACUGGAAGACUCGGUCCUCAAAGGGUUGCAGGCCACUUCAAGCAAAAUGGUGUCACCAGAAAGUGGCGGUAGUCGGAAGCGUCCAGGUGAAUCUGGAAAGAAUGGAACAAAGUCUCGAAAAAGAAAAUGUUUUUGGCUGGGAUUGGAAGGACUGGAUGAUACUGACAGCUCCGAUUGUGAGGAUGACAGUGAAGGUGAAUCGUCUCCUGCUUCUGAUGGAAGUUGUCCAUCAAGCAGCAAAUACAAUGAAAAUGCUGGAAACUCCAAUGAAUGUUCAAGCAGCUCUGUGUGUUCAAUAGAGGACAGCCCAAGUACCAGUGCAACUGAGAAACCAGCAGAGCAGGCAGAAGAUCCUCAAAGAGAUCUGCAGGGAGAGACUCACACAAGUGGGCAAACUGAAAUUCUAGCUGAAGAAAACAGUAAAAUAACAAAGCCCCUGAAGGAACAGGCCCAGGAAAAGAAUGAAGUAGCCCAAGCUCUGAAAGAAGAGCAAGAAAAGGCUUCUUCUAAGGCACGGGAAACAAACCAGUUAGAGAAUGAAGCUCUGAAAGAAAUUGAGCAAGAAAAGGUUUGUUCUAAGGCACAGGAAACAAACCAAUCACAGAAUGAAGCUCUGAAAGAAAAGGAGCAAGAAAUGGUUUCUUCUAGGGCACAGGAAACAAACCAAUCACAGAGCACAGAGGUGGAACCAAUAGACCUGCUGGCAUUCAACUCUGCUGCUGAAAUGGAAGCCCUAGGUUUGGAUAAACUGAAGAUGGAGUUGAUGGCUUUAGGACUGAAAUGUGGAGGCACUUUGAAGGAAAGAGCAGCAAGGCUUUUUGCAGUGAGAGAGUUACCCACUGAAAACAAUUUAUUAGCAAAAACACUGGAACAAAACUGAGAGGGAGAGCUUUUCCUCACCUCACACAGAUUCAUCUAUACUCUGGAAAGAAAUACAAGUAGAUGUAAUGCACAAAAAAACUAGCAAGGAACAGGGCAGGUCAUGGAGGGAAAUACCGUGUGGAAGUUUAGAAAGAUCAGCAGCAGCAGACACAGCAAGAGCUGGCAGCCUUCAGCCAAAGGGCUCCUUUCCCAUUUUCCUCGCCUACACCAUCCUCUGCUACAUGGACAAACAAACAAGUUACUAAAAAGCCAUUUUGGUGUUUUGGCCUAAACAGCACUUGGCUCCAGCAAGCAGAAAUUUCUGCCUUUGGUUUUCUGACACCUUCUGUACUUGCUACUGUAGGUGGCACUGAACUAGCAGCGAGGAAGUGUCCAGUUUCAGCAGCGCAGAUGGAACCCUCAGCCCUUUGGUCAAAACACCUGCCCAGAGGCUGUGCUGUGCGUACAGUGCUCCUGCAGAGUGGGGAGAUGAAGUCCCAUUCACGUCACUCUGCCUGUGCCACAAACAGCCAGAACUGCUCAUUUUGAUCUGCCUGAAAUUCAUUCUUUUCUGAGAUUUUGUUUCCUGGAGAACGUUGACAUUUUAAAGGUUUGUUUGUGGCGGUGGAUGCCUACUCUCCGGAAGGUGCUAUUUUUAUAUCUUAAAAGGUUCUUCCAAAACAUUGAACAGGAGAUGUUAAAGACUGCAGCCUAGAUAAUUAACACAGCCACCUCACCUUCCACUUUGCUUUCAGUUACAGCUGAGCAAUUAGGGUGGCUUUGCAGAUUAACACACCUUGAAAGUGAAGAGGUGACAACUCCUCUGACCUCUUUCAGCUGUGGAGGAGGGCCUGUGUGGCACUGCUGCCUUCCAGCACUGCUACAGCUCAGGCAGGAGCUGGCUAAUCCAGGAUGGCUAGUCUGGAUUUAGAGCCAUCAACUGUGCCAGCCCAAGCAGCGUGCUGCUGGGCUGUGUGUCCUGCUUCUCCCUGCUGUGGUCGCCACGUGUCUGUGAGCAGGCACAAGCAAUCGGGAAUUUCAUAAAGCUUGGAGGUGUGAAAGGGAACGAGAAACUCUUGAAAGACCUCCUGGGAACGGUACAGAAGGAAGAGCAGUGUUUAUAAAAAGACAAUCAGCUUGCAAAGUAUCUGCUUAAUAAAAACAUCCUUGGAUGUCUGGUGCUUAUGGAUGGUACCUUAUGGUCUGUGCGAUGUUGUAC